AUAUCUAGUGGACCGGCUGGAUCUUCGAGUCUUCGAGUCUUCAAGUGGAACUACGAAGUCUUGAUCUGUCUUUUUGUGUCGCUAGCUAGAUGCAGCAAAGAAAGAAUUGCGCCGAGUACUGCAUGGAUAUGAACAAACCGUGGCUGUCUAUAGUUUUUCCGAGUAGCUAUAUCUACGGUUUCUGGUGAAAGCCAACAGCGAGUUAGAAAUAAUCAAACAGAACCAUGUCAAGAUAUUUACCUGUGGAACGAGUCAGUCACGUUGUAGGAGAAGUAGCACCUGUUUUUAUGCAAGUAGUUCAAUUCCUUCCUGAGGGAGGAACUCAGUUGAAAGAGUUUGUCGAUCAGCAAUUGAAUUCGGACAUUGCUGCUGAAGGCAAUAGGCUCGAAAGAAUCUCUUUCGAUCAUGGACUUGCUUCCGCAGAAUCGGCAAUAAACUUUGCGUCUGCACUUGGACAGUUUGCCGAUUGGAGUCGUUCAGUUGACAGAAUUGAGCAAAUGAAGAAGGCAGUGCACGACGAUAAUUUCGAAGAAUAUAAGUUUUUUAUGGCGACACUGAAAACGCACGUUCCACAAGUAACGAAAUGCCGCGACUCUUCCAGAAAGAGGGCAGCACAAGGAAAAUACAAACGUACAAUCCAGCGAAAAAAGUGAAGAUAAAUGCGGAGAAGGCUAAAACAAACAAUUGGCUGUGGCCUACGGUUGGCGGUCUUGUGAUAGGCGGCAGCGUUGCCAUGAUAUCUCUACCGGUAGUCGGUCUGAUUGCAGCAGUUGCAGGAGCAGUUGGUAUUGCAACAAGAACAAAAGAAACAUCAGAACGCUUGGCUAGGUCUGCUCAGAUUUUGGAUGAUCUGGCGACGUCAGCUAGUUCUGCGCUUGCAAAAGUGAUGGAGUUAAACACUAGUUUUGAUAGAGUUUUGCGAUCAAUAGAUAUUGCCGACAUGUCCUUGGAGCAGGCCAGAGCAGGUAGAGGCACCAACGAUCUUCUCGCUGCAUUGGAACGCAUUAGAACGGAUUCAGACUUGUUAUAUGACGCAGUCCACACUGCAGAGUUUGAGCUAAAUAAGAUCAAAACCGCUCUACGGUCGUAUGUGGACAACAGAGCAAAUGCAAGCAAAUGAAGCUGAAGAAGUAGAUGGUUUGAAUUAAUGUGUGGACUUUGCUGGCAGUCACAUUUGCAUGCAAUCGUUCUGAGUGCUGUGGGAUGUAUUCUUUUCAAUGUUUGUAGCAAUGUAUACGUGUCUAGACAAAUGAGUCUUUUACAUUCAGCGUUUUUGUUGUGAGCAAAAACUUGGUUAAAUUGAAAGAGUCCUGCUAAUUAAUUAUCAUCUGUAAAGAAAAUAAAGACUA